AGAAAAAAGUCGGAUAUGCAGACCGACUGCCACUUGCCAACCAGUCAGCGGCGGUACUCGCUCGUCGCCGAUUUCGUGGUGCGCUAGUGCUGGAAUGUCCGCGCCCAGGGGAUUAAACUCAGGAAUUCUGUGUGGGCGGGCACGUCGCUGGCCUGGCGGUUUGAUGGGCUCCUUGCAGAGGGCGAGCCAUUCUGCUGGCUCCAUCAGAGGGCUACUGAAUGGCCAGGGCCGCCGUGUUCCAAAGAAGUCAACGCAUAACCCAUUUUGGGAGAUUGUGCGGAAUUUCACCAUCGUCCAAACAUAUUCUUUGCUACUCGGAGCGCUCGACACCGGUCGCCUUCACAUUCAACGCGAAAGAAAAAAACCCCAACAAUUCCCUAUGCGUCGACUAUCAGAAAAACGUCAAGAGCCGCUCGGUGCAACGCAUGGAUGGAGGAGGUAG